GCUGAAUCAUCAUUCUCGAAUUUAAUCCGGUUGCUAUGACAGCCUGCCAAGAUCACGCCGUAGUGUUUCCUUUCAAAAGAUCUGGUUCAAAAUAAGCAAUUGAACGCUGUAACAAGUCUAACAAGGACAUGCGUGUGAGCAACAGAGAGAAAAUGAUGCUACCAGAAGAUCCUUGGAUGCCAUUAACUCCAAAACAGUUCAUGAGUGCAUUUGCGCCUUUUCCGCGCUCCACCUGGAUUCAUACACACGUGCCGAAUGACAACUUUGAUCGUGUUUGCAAAAACAUCUGGAGAAGAGCAAAGGAGGCCAAGGAUGAGCUUGGCAGAGGUCAAAGUUCCCCUCAGAGGCAGCAGAAUAACUACUGCACGGUUCCAGACAACAAAACAAGUCACCGGGCUGAGGAGCAGCAGAAAGAAAAAGAUGAUUUGGGUCUGAGCACACAGAAUGAGGAGGACAAGCAACAAUACCACACCGACUUCACCCUUCCUUGCCCUUAUCUCUUGGGCCGCAGGCAUCCCCAUGUUGCCAGGCCUGCACGGGAAGCGAGCCCUGCGAUGGAAGGAGAGAUGAAACAAAAUGAGGAGGCAAAGGGGAAAAGAAAUUUGGAGAAAGAUGCGGAAGAUAAACAAAGGAGUGUUGAAAGUUCCCUUAAGAAGAUUUGGGUCCCCCAGUCCAGCAGCAGAAGAGAGACACAGAGCUCUGCACCUCAACCUCAACCUCUGGCGACAGAUCCCGUCUGCUCUGCCACUGAGGACCACACCCCACACCUGCAGGAUGAGGAAGAGUCUCCUCUUCCUUCUACACUACCUAGGGAUACAUGUGAAAGUGAGGAUGAGCAUGAUAUAAGAAGCAGUUCUGACAGCAAUUCUAGUGAUGAUGACGAUGUUGUAACUCUACCUGGUGUGCGAACUUGCGCCACUGAUAGCAGCAAUGAUGACUCAGCAAGUGACAACAAUGACUGCAGCGAAGAGGAAAAUGAAAUUCCACACUCAUGUGUUGAAUUAAGCUCUGACGGCGAGCAGGAUUCCCCAACUUCUAGCACAGAGAAGGACUUUCCUCCACUAUCUACUAUCAAGGCUGGCAUUCUACCAUGUCCCACGGAGCCUCCAGCCUCAGGGAAGAUGCAUGGUCAGUGGGAGAUUCCCCUUUCAUUCCACCCACAUGACAUCCCCACUGUCACUUUGGCGAGUGGCGUGACUGCCCAUGCACAGGCUCCUGUCCAAGGCAAAGCAGAAGCACCUCAGGCAAACUUGAAAAGCAGUGCACCAUCAGCAGACCCAAUGCAGCAGGAGGCUUAUGACCUACUGGCUGAUUUCCCGGCUCUCCAACCCCCAAAGAAACCUUUAGCAUUGGGUGUAUUGUGUGAUGGGAAUCCCAAGACCAAAAAGACAGAAGGGAAAAGAGGGCUUACUCACUCACCAAACCGCCGCCAAGAGAGUAGGGCUUCCCAUCAGAGGAGGAUGGAAAAUGUGCCCCACAAGGUCUCCUCCAUCUGUGCAGGAGAUCAGAAAUCUGUGCUGGACCUUCAAAUAUUUGGCUCAAUCAGCCAACGCAUCAGCUGUGAGGAACUGAAGGCCAGCAACCAGCUGCCUCCUAGAGUUGCGGGUACAGAUGGCGUGGGUGUUAAUGCCAGGUCCUGGGCUAGUGCUGCCAAGGCGGGCAUGAAGCAAGCAGCUGCCCCUCAGGAGAAAGCCAGACCUUGUACCUUUCAGCAGAUAGUUACCAUUAACAGAGCCAAAGCCAGGUAUUCUGCUGCUCAGAACUUCGCUAACAAAGCGACUCCUUCCAAUCAGGCAGCCAGUCCACCAGUGACUGCUAUGUGUCAAGGCCCUCGACCCCGCAACCCAAACCGCAGUAUGGAGCCCAGGCACAUCGAGCCAACUGUCCUCCAGGAUUCAGAUAUCCUCGCUUUCCUCUCCAACAGUGAGCAUGUGGGAUGGAGGCUGACGGCAGCAGGAGUUGAUAACCGGAACUCCACAACAAACAGUGAGGGUGACUAUCAGUGUCAAACUGCCGCAACCCGAUCUGUGUCAGACACAAGGCAGGGUGAGAGGCCAGAGGUAACCCAUCUAAACAGCCACGUGUGACGACAGCCAGUGUGACGCAGUGAUUGUGUUUCUACUGAAGAUGUUGCUGGACAAUAUUAAACUUCACUAGCCUCUGUUAUUUCCCCCCUAAUAAACAUUUGCUUUAAUUAA